GUACCAUACGGAUUUCUUGGUUGAAUACAACGCUCAAGCAUACGAUCAUAACAGGUUAUUCAAGCGAGCUUUGGCGUCAAAAAUGAUCGUGGGUUUGGUCUCGCUUGUCGAUGUUUGAGUACGUUCAAUUGACGGUGACCACGUGUAUUGUCCACUUCCACCAUUAGUCCGUGCAUUAUCUUGAACUAUGGAUGCUGAACUCAGCGAUGGCGACCCCGAGUUCUCUCAGGACUUGGUCCGUAUCCUGACCAAGGAGUUGAAGCUAGCAAGGAAACAGUUGCGAGAAUCAGAUCAAAAGCAGAGGAGGACAGGAACUGUAGACUCUGCGAUGGAGCACACAGCUGUUGAGCAACGCCUCAAGGACGAGAAUGCCCAGCUACAAGAGGAGAAUGCCCAUCUGCGAACUGAACUGGAUCAACAACGUGUUCUCAUGCGUGCUCUUCAGGAGAAUCCAGAUGACAAGGGUGGAAUCGUCCAACCCGCGGUUAGUAGCGUCUUUCAGUCCUGUCUGUGCUAAUGUGCUCGUGCGCUUGCAGCAGGAGGAUCAUUUGCGUUCGCAAGUAGCCAGUUUAGAGAAAAGCCUAAAUAUAAUGACUCGGGAGCGUGACAAAAUGCUCACGGAACACGAGGAGAAUUCCGCCAAUGUUGAGAGGGCUAAUAAGUACAAGGACAAAUAUAGAUCGUUUAAAGAAGAAUCGUUGAAGUCAUUGGAUGCUUUACGAGGGAAUGUUGCUAAGGUGGAAGCUCAGCGUGAUGCUGCUCUUUCCGAAGCACAACAAUUGACGGAAUCGGUUGCCAAAUUCAAUCCCAAGGCAUUUAUUGAAGGGGCGUUCAAUGAUGAUGCCUAUCCACAAGAUGCUACCACACGCAGGGCCUUUUUGAAAAGUAAGGAAAUGAAACUUCCAAAGAAUGUGGUCAAGUUCUUGACAUACGAAGUCCCACUUCAAUUCCAUAACACCCAUGGUGUGUGGAUUGGACCUUCAAGCACUCAUUUCCUGGCAGUCAGUCCUGUGUAUGUAUAUGAUCCAAAGGCGUUCGGUCGGAGCGAGGGUGGCUUUAGGCCUUUCGAACAAGACAACAAUCGUGAAGAACAUGUUAACCGAUCUAGGGAUCUCUUUUACUGCAAGGACAGGCAUUGGCGGUACCAUGGCAUAUAUGAGUACCUUGGUUCAAAGGACCUUACCCUGAAAGAUGUUCGAAACCUGAACCGUUUACAUUCCGUGAGCAUUGCUACAGGCGACAUUCAUAUUCGUUCCAUUCGUUCUCCCGACAUGGUCGCUCCCAAUAUCAAGAAGAUGAUUAAACAUAUGUAUAGCGAUGGUGUUUUGACCAUUCGAUGCUCAGGAUUCCGCCGAAUAGGAUUCAACAAGGGGCUUUCUGAGGCUCUGCAUGAAUCAAGCACGAUGCCUAUCCCGAUUCCGGGUGAAGGUUCCUCGCAGCAACCGAAGCGCAAGAAGCCCUCGACAGACGAGCAGGAAUCUCGCCCAGUCAAGAAAAAGAAGUAGUUGUCGGUUGCCGUUUUAUGUUGAGACAUUAUCAUAACUCCUAGAGGGUGCCUUAUGAAACUCAGGUUGGCAGACUGCAGCCUUGGAGUACGGAGGAUUUGGAAGGAUAUAAUACUUGUGCUACCCCAUUUGGAAGUAGUCUUACCCGUUCCGGUAUCUUGAUGCCUUGAUAUGGCAAAGUCUUCCACUGAGGGUGAUCCUUAUUUUCUG